ACCGAUUCAAAGCUCAGUUUCAUCCGUUCCCGCUCCUGGAAACUCGAGUUCCCUUCCUGCUUCCAGUCUUUUCAUGGGACAACCUUCGGGGCCCAGCCAUGCAUUCAAGAGGUCGCAUACCAAUCUGGCUGCCCCUCCGGCCCUGCCUGCCUCUUCUCCCCAUUCUCAUGUUACCCAAUCCUCCUCCCACUCUCAAUGCAACCCCUGCCUUAUCUCCGGGACCCCUCAUGGUGUCACCCCCCCCCCCAUGUCUGUGUUUGCUGUGGUGCCACUCCAGUUUCAAUGACUCCCUCUGGUCAAACGCCUGGUGCUUCCUCACAAAAUAGAAAGCUUUUGAAUAAACCCACUUCAAAGUGCUACAAAAAGCACAGGCUACGGUCUGCCCGCCCUAACUCCUUAUUGGAGAAUAACAGUAGUUCUACUGAUUCGGAGACUGAUUCUUUACAAAUUGAUCCUUGGGCUUUAAUUAAAAUAGAGGCGACCAAGGCAGGCAAUUGGCAGAUGGCAGAAAAAACAAACACCUUUCCGGUGGAAUACAGACAGGGGAGGAAUGGUGGAGAGUCUGCUAAUAAGACGUGGAGGCCUAACUCAAAUAAGGAACUUGUACAAUUAAGAAAUAUAGCUAAAGAACAUGGUAGAGGCUCACAUAUUUUUAGAAAUUUCUUAGAAGCUAUGUUCUCAGCACAUGUUUUGCUUCCACACGAUAUUAAAAACAUAUCGCAUUGCCUGCUUUCGCCAGCUGAAUACAUGUUAUGGGAAAGGCAUUGGAAAAAACAAUUAAAAACAUUACUGGACUCUUAUUCAGCAGAUGCUGAUAAAACAAAUUUUACAGUAGAACAGCUGGCUGAGGAAGGCGAGUUAAAGAAACCAGCUGACCAGCUUGAGACAUUGAAUAAGGAUGCUCUCCAAGAUGUGGGUCUCGCAGCAAAAACCUCAUUAUUAUUUAUCAAUGAUGAAUCUAUGCCUAGUUCUCGUUUUUCUACUAUUAAGCAAGGAGCAGAUGAAAGCUUUAUCAAAUUUGUGGACAGGAUUAAAGACGCUUUGGAAAAACAGAUAGAGAGUCCAGAGGCAAGAAAGGAACUCUUAUGUAAGCUUGCCAUGAGUAACUCAAAUGCAAAAUGUAAAACAAUCCUGAGGUCUUUACCUAUAGAUACAGACCCUACCAUAGAGCAAAUGCUGGAAUGUUGUACACGCCACUUGUCCACUGAUAAUACAGUGGCCCAAGCUGUUGCUAAGGGCAUUGCUGAAGGUGUCUCUGGUGCAUAUGCAGUAAUAGCCUCUAAAGAACAGGCUCGAUGCCAUCACUGCAGUAACAUAGGUCAUUACAUAAAGGAUUGUCCAGAAAGGACACCUCCCCGAUAUCCUCGUUACACCUAUCAAAGACUCCAGUACCAGCACCGCUACCAACAGCGUCCGGGAAACACCUCGCGCAGCCCGGUGGAGCCCCGGGCUAUGACAACAAAUCAAAGGCCACCCAGACCCAACCACGCUCUGUCCCAGGAGAUCCAGCACCACAGGAGGAGGUUCCAACAAUCGACGCGAUCCAGAUGGGAACCCAUCGCCAACUGGGAACAGGUUCCUCUCAACCCUACAGCAAUGUGGGCACAAGUUGUGGGUCCGAGCAAGCCUACCAUCGAGUGCGGUCUUAACUACAAAGGGGAGAGGAUCCACCUACCAGGAAUGCUGGACACCGGGUGCUGACGUUACCAUC